AUGAUAACUGGUGAUGUCUCGGACAGUUGCCAAGACAGUCUGGUUUCUCUGGUCUCUGAAAGUAAUAAUGUUGCGCUUUCAGAUAUAUGGGAGCCAAAGAGCGACGAACAUAACGAGAUGGAGCGGCAAAAUCUGGCAGUGGGUGAAGGGGCGUUCGGAGUUUCUCACUCGAAAAAAGCGACCGAAACCCGGGACGACAUCGGAGUCCAGGUCAGCAGAGAUUACUUAGAGGCCACCCGCAUCUACGAAUUUGUGCAUUUGCCAACCCUUGACCUUUGCAAACAGGCACCGGAGCUGUUGGGAGCUUUGAUAUCGAUAGGCGCAAUUCAAGCAGAAUCGACAGUGGCCCGAAAAUUUGGAUAUGCAAUGCAGGAAGUUGUGAGAGCGUCAGCCUUCGACAGUUGGGAAGGAAAUAAUGCCGCGCGGAAGCCUGUUCGAAAGCUGCUGAAGUUCUGA